CGCAGCGGUUGUGAAAAAUUGGAGAACAAAUAUCGAACAAGAGAAAAACUCUCCUCCCCCGUAACGGUGCCACACACCGCAACGGAUAGUGCCAUUGUGUGGGUGUGCGUGACAAAGCAGCCGGAGGCAGCGGAAACAGAGGCGAACUGUGCGUGUGUGUGUGUGAGGCGGCGGCUCGUGUGUGUGUGUUUUUUUCCUGUGGCAAAUUUCGGAGCUUUUCCCGAAACAAAUUCGGAGCACACUUCUUUUCAGCGCGUUGUGUGGAAAAACUUUAGAAUCUCUAUGUGCGUGCGUGUUCCCCCGGCUCCCCUUAUCCCCCAUCCCGCAAUUCCUGCUUCGUUACAUCGCCGGCUGAGGAAAGCGUGAAGAGCGGCAGGAGAGGAAAAGGCAGGAAAAGCGUAAAAAAAACCGUCAGUCAGCGCUUUUUUCGCCAUUUCCCGUGCUUCGCCUAGAUCGAGAGCGGACGCGAAGGAGAGAGAGAGAAAGAGAGGCCAUUGUUAGAAGCCAUGUUAUUUAUGCUGCUGCUGCCGUUUUGAUGCAAUUGAUUCGCCGGUGGUUUUGUUUUUUGUUUUCCUCUUCUGCAAAGUGGUGCACAGCAGGUGGACAGAGAGUUGGUGGACGGAAGCCCAGAGACAUUUUUCCGGGCAAAACAGAUUAAAGCAAACCGUGCGCGUGUGUGUGUGUGUGUGCCACACAAACAAUUUAAGUUGGAAGCGCCAUUAGGAGAAAAAAAAUUGAAGAGUGAAAAAAAACGGUUCAAAAGAAGUGAUUGCAGCAAGAAGAAGAAGAAGAAUCAGUGUGUUUGUGUGUGUUUUUUGUAUGUGAGUGUGUGCGGGUUUUCCGCCGCUGCGGACGAUUCUAGCGAAAAGCUCUCGGGAAAAGCCCCCCAACAACAACAACAACAACAACAGUGAAAGGAAAUCGUCUGUGCACGUGUGUGUGUUUAAAGUGUCCUAAAUAUAGCCGCGCACUGUGUGUGCGCGCGUGUGCGAACCUCUGUGUGUAUGUGCGCGUUGAGGAGACGCAGCCCCGCACCACAACAGCGACCUCCGCGCCCACCACCCAUCGCGAGCAAACGGGGGCAACAACACUGUUAGGCGGCCAACACACUGCCCGCUCCUGCUCCUUCUACCCUUUCCAGUAGCGUACACACACACACGUGUAGACAGCAACAGCAGCCAGGAUGUCGGGCGUGCGGGAAAUACCGGCGGAGGACAGCAUCAAGGUGGUGUGCCGCUUCCGCCCGCUCAACGACAGCGAGGAGCUUGCGGGCUCGAAGUUCGUCGUCAAGUUCCCGUCCGGGCCGGAGGAAAACUGUCUCUCGAUCGGGGGCAAGGUGUACCUGUUCGACAAAGUGUUCAAGCCGAACGCGACACAGGAGAAGGUGUACAAUGAGGCGGCGAAAUCGAUCGUGUCGGACGUGCUGGCCGGCUACAACGGCACGAUCUUCGCCUACGGCCAAACGUCGUCCGGCAAGACGCACACGAUGGAGGGCGUGAUCGGCGACCCGGCCAAGCAGGGCAUCAUACCGCGCAUCGUGAACGACAUCUUCAACCACAUCUACACGAUGGAGAUGAACAUCGAGUUCCACAUCAAGGUGUCGUACUACGAGAUCUACAUGGACAAGAUCCGCGACCUGCUGGACGUGUCGAAGGUCAACCUGAGCGUGCACGAGGACAAGAACCGGGUGCCGUACGUGAAGGGCGCGUCCGAGCGGUUCGUCUCGAGCCCGGAGGAGGUGUUCGAGGUGAUCGAGGAGGGCAAAUCGAACCGGCACAUCGCGGUGACGAACAUGAACGAGCACUCGUCCCGCUCCCACUCGGUCUUUCUGAUCAACGUCAAGCAGGAGAACAUGGAGAACGAGAAGAAGCUGUCCGGCAAGCUGUACCUGGUCGAUCUGGCCGGCUCGGAGAAGGUGUCGAAGACCGGCGCGGAGGGCACGGUGCUGGACGAGGCGAAGAACAUCAACAAAUCGCUGUCCGCGCUCGGCAACGUCAUCUCGGCGCUGGCGGACGGCAACAAGACCCACAUCCCGUACCGCGACUCGAAGCUGACCCGUAUCCUGCAGGAGUCGCUCGGUGGCAAUGCGCGCACCACGAUCGUCAUCUGCUGCUCGCCCGCCAGCUUCAACGAGUCGGAAACGAAGUCGACGCUCGAUUUCGGCCGCAGAGCCAAGACGGUGAAGAACGUGGUGUGCGUGAACGAGGAGCUGACCGCGGAGGAGUGGAAGCGGCGGUACGAGCGGGAGAAGGAGAAGAACACGAAGCUGAAGGGCAAGAUCGAGAAGCUCGAGGCGGAGCUGGCCCGGUGGCGGGCGGGCGAAACGGUCAACGUGGAGGAGCAGCUCGACCUGCAGCAGGACGCGAUGGAGGCGAGCACGCCGAACGUGGAGGUGCUGCUUGCCCAGCCGGCCGAUCUGCCGGUGCCGGCGACACCGGGCGGCGGCGGCCUGCCCCUGUCCGCCGAGCGCGACACGCUCGAGGUGGAGCGGGAGCGCCUGUACCAGCAGCUGGACGAGAAGGACGAGGAGAUCAACCAGCAGUCGCAGUACGUGGAGAAGCUGAAGGAGCAGAUCAUCGACCAGGAGGAGCUGAUCGCGAACACGCGCCGCGACUACGAGAACCUCCAGUCGGAGAUGACGCGCAUCCAGCAGGAGAACGAGAACGCGAAGGAGGAGGUGAAGGAGGUGCUGCAGGCGCUCGAGGAGCUCGCGGUCAACUACGACCAGAAGUCGCAGGAGAUCGAGCUGAAGAACAAGGAGAUCGACAUGGUGAACGACGAGCUGCUGCAGAAGCAGACCACGCUGAACAGCGUCCAGUCGGAGCUGCAGCAGCUGAAGGACAUGUCGUCCCAUCAGAAGAAGCGCAUCAACGAGAUGCUGACCAACCUGCUGCGCGACCUGUCCGAGGUCGGGCAGGCGCUCGCCGCCGACCAGAACGAGAUGAAGAUGAACGUGGAGGCGUCGGCGGGCAAGGUCGAGGAGGAGUUCACCGUCGCCCGGCUGUACAUCAGCAAGAUGAAGUCGGAGGCGAAGAACCUGUCCGCCCGGUGCGCCAACCUCGAGACGCUGCAGCAGGACACCUGCCGGAAGGUGGGCGACUACGAGAAGGAUCUGAGCGAAUGCCGGCUGCUGAUAUCGCAGCACGAGGCGCGCAUGAAGUCGCUGCAGGAGUCGAUGCGCGAGGCGGAGAACAAGAAGCGCACGCUCGAGGAGAACAUCGACGCGCUGCGGGAGGAGUGCGCCAAGCUGAAGGCGGCCGAGCAGGUGUCGGCGGUGAACGCGGAGGAGAAGCAGCGGGCCGACCAGCUGAAGGUGGCGUUCGAGAGCCAGAUGGACCAGCUGCGCGACGUCCACACCAAGCAGGUGUCGGCGCUGCGCGACGAAAUCUCCGAAAAGCAGGAGCUGAUCAACGAACUGAAGGACACCAACCAAAAGCUGACGCUUGCCCACCAGCAGAUGACGGCGGACUACGAGAAGCUGAAGCAGGAGGAGCAGGAAAAGUCGGCCAAGCUGCAGACGCUUAUGUCAGUAUCACCCUUCCCAGACUCGCUACUAUUAACACCGCCACAGCAUACUACUACUACUACUACCACUACCUUCCACAACCAUCAUCCAUCUAACCUCGAUUCGAACAAGCUCCUAGAACAGCAACAGUAUCACGAAAAGCAGCAGCACGACUGGCUAGCGCUGGAGGCGGACCCACUGUCCGCCAAGCGCCGGACGCCCCUCGACUACCAGUCAGGGCUGGCGUCACCCGCCUCCAGCGUGGAGCUCGUGCGCCUACUGCAGGCCGUCCUCAGUGAGGGCGAACAGCAGCACCAGCAGCCGUGCAAGCUAGCGUCUCCCGUCGGUCAGCGGCUGUCGAAGCGCGACAAGAACCGGGCGAACGAGGAAAACGCCAAACUGACACCGUCCUCGACACCGGAACGGCACCACCAACAACAGCAGCAGCAGCCACCCGCCCGCAAGCGUGCCACCAAAUCGCGCCGGGUGCUGAACCUGCGGGCGAAGCGGGACGAUGAGCGGGAAACGCCCGGCCUGGCGGCGGCCGUUGCUCCGCCCGUCAAGCAUCGGUGCCGCUCGGCCGACUCCUCCCCAGCACCGUGCGUCGCCGGCACCGAGCUGGAGGGGGUGUGCGGGUGGCCCGGCCGCCUGAUCAGCUCGCUGCUGCCGAAGGGCAUGCCGACGCUGCAGCUCCAUCUGCUCAUCUCCCUCACGAUGGUGCUGCUAACGCACCGCUGCCCGCAGUUUAUGCUGGUGCUGUAAAACAAUCCACCCACGGGACUACCCCAUUCUCCUUCCCCCCUCUCUUUCGUUUUUUCUGUGCGUGUGGCAAUGGUAUCUCCUACUCACUGUGUAAUGGUGUGGCAAGUUGAUAUCGUUUUUUUGCGUUUCGGUCCAAUUGUUUUGUAUAAAGUUUUAGAGCAAAACGAAGCUUUCUUGGCAGAAAAGCAAACCGCUCAGUAUUAGAGUUGCAAAAAAAAGCUCCUCUUUUUGGCUUAUCCCGCCUAUAGCGAUAACGGCGAUAACGCAUCUCAGAGAAGCUCAAAACUCAAGCGCUGCACAUUGCGACGCGGUUUGGCGUGAUUUAUUGUUAGCAUUUCCAUCCUUCCGGAGCAUCUCUUCUUCUUUCUUAUUUUUUUCAUCAUGACAGGAAAAUGAAGAUUUUUUCCGCAUCGAAUCUUCUCUUCUUUUGACCUGGAGACGCACGCUCUCUCGCGCGCGCGCAAACCGUCUCGUUACUGUGUGUUGUUAGUUCUGGUAGUUACGAUCCGACCGACCCGCCUGUGGCUGGUGGGGCAGAUAUGGUGGAAGCGCUUACGUUCACGUUUCCCUUUCCCACCGCCCACGGUGGGUGGCAGGAUCGACGAUAAGUUAGAUUACGCCCUAGUUAAAUGUUGUUGACUAAUAUGUAGAGCUACUAGCACCACCGGACCACUCCCAGGCACGCAAAAAGUCGGUGCCGGUCGGCGGUGGUUGUACGAUAAAUGCUGUAGAAGAAAAAAAUGCUGCUCCUUUUGCGCUCCCAAACUCUCCACCCCAAAAAAAGGCCUUUUUGCUUCUGUGAUAGCAAAAACAAAAUCCCCCCCCCCCCCCUCAGUCCCUCAGUCAUAAUAGUAUUAUAGAACAGCGACGAUGUGGUACGAACAAUUGAGGGUGGUGGGGAAGACUUCUUCUUCUCUAAAAAAAAUUAAAGAUUGUGUAAGAUUAAAUCAGGGGGACACACACUUUAUCUUAUCGUUCGAAGAAGAGCAAGAAAAAAACUAAGUUCGAUUAGCAUAUCUACCGGUUUGCGCAGUCACUUUUGCUGCAUUGUUACGUCACGAAUGUGUGUGUGUUUUUUUUUUCAAAGAAUUUUUAUGUGUGUGCGUGUAUAAAUUUCCGUUUUGCAUUGUACGUUAAGCUUGCCGCUAAGCCCACUGCCUCUCGAAGCGGUGGAAGGAUUUACGUUAGGUUUUAGUUUUUAGUUUGCAAACUAUUUUCUGUAUCUCGCACCAUCAUCGUUCGUGGUGGUGGUGAGGUAGUAGGGUAAGCGUUUGCUGAUGGGUGUGUACAAUACGGUGGGCCACAGCCAGUGCUGCAAAAUAUCACUGUCAAUGUCAUAAAAACAAUCGGACUGAAACAAAAUGUCAUGUCAGUGUCACGUACUCAAUUGUGAUAAUCAGAGGCUGAUACUCAAAACAGAUUGGUGUGAUCAAUGCAAUGCUUCGUGACAUUUUUGCGACCAACGCUUGGUCAGUCAUUAUGUCAUGACUUUUUUAUUUACUGAGAUCAGUUCCGCAAAACGUCACUGACAUAGUCAUGACAAAUUCCGGCUGACAUAAAAUCUCUUCUCUGAUCAUCUCAGCUGUGUACGUGAGCUGAUUUGAGCUUCGUUUCAGUCAUGAGUGUUGGUGACUGGAAGCACUGCUCUCAGUCAGAAAAAGUCAUUAUUAUUAAGCUCAAAAUGUCAGUCAGAGUAUUACGUUGGACUCAAACAUUCGCAUGUCGCAGUCAUGACACACUUUUAUUGAGUAUCAGCAAUGAGCAUCAAGCUACCGCGGAUAUGUUCAUUGUUUCCUAUGUUUAUUUUCUCGCGAUGAUCAUGACAUUUUGCAGCACUGGUCACAGCUCUGCUGGCGGUGUGGCACACACUAUAGGGUUUAUAGGGAAGCGGCCCUCAUCAGCCCAAGGAACUUCGCCUGCGCGGCGUGGCAAUAUUGAACGAGCUGUGAUAAAGAUAACGCAAGAGAGAGAGAGAGGGAGCAAGCGCAAGUAGUGCAUUAGGUUUUCGAUUAGCGAUUGCUUUUGUGUUAGCAAUACAAUGCCCCCCUCCUCCCCCCUUAGGCUGCCACUCCUGUUUCGCGUGCUCCAACGCUUCCCCAAAUAAGCCCGAUGGGGGAUCACACUCUUGAUAGGCGAUGAAGACGAUGCACAGAAUCCGAUGAAGAAGGUUCGAAUCAUUCGCGAACGCGCCGGUAAAAACAUCCACAGACACACACACACACAUAGACACAUACAUGAGCCCACUAAACGUGCCCAAUUUUCUUGAUAUGUGUUUUUGUUCUAUCGCGCUAGCCAUCUCCCUUUGGUCCCCUUCGCUUUCGAGAUGUGCGUUUUGGACGUUUUUUUUUUUUAAUUGUAUCUCCCCCUCUCUCCCUACUUCGAACAUUUUCGUUGUGCUGAUGUGUGUACAUUCCGAUUAGGUGUUAAGCUUUUACAACGUUUUAUUGAUUAUCCGUUGCUAACUUUAUUGUAUUGUUGUCACUUUUUGUUGUUAUUUUUUCUCCUUUACCUUUAACUCAUUAACUUUAAACUCAUCCAUAAUUUUGCAGGUCACCCCUCCCGCCAAGUUGUUUCACUGUCUCGUUUUGUUUUGUUGUAGUGUUUUAGCCCGGUUUUUCUUUCACAAUUUUUGUUUCCAGCUUUUCUCUUCCCCCCAUGUAUGUCGCGCUACCAUUACGCUGGUUGCGCCGCCGAAGACGUGGCGGCAGUGGGGGCUGAUAUUUCUGUAUUUUAAAAGAGCAAAAAAACCCUAAUUAACCAAAAACAUUGAACGCCCCGCUAAGCGCCGAAAAGCCGAAGCCCACCCACCCCUGGAGCCGAAGAGAAGGCCGGUUUGCGCGUGAUUCGUGUGUCGGUUGUGGCGUUUUUUUUUUCUUCUCUUUUUUUUAACGGGACUGUCACACCACCAAAUCGAUGGAUUGGUUAGGGCACAUUUUUUGUUUUGUUUUUAACAAAAGACUUCAACAGACACUUUCCCAGGACGGCCCAGGAAAGUAAGGGUAGGAAUGAAGAAUCAUUGUAGCGAAAAGAGAGCAAAAAGAAGAAGAAGAAGAAGAAGACAGUUAGAGAGCAGAGUACGAAGGUGUCCAGACCGCGACCCCAGACACAUCGGCCGCAUAUCUAGUGCUUCCAGGCCUUCCAGGUUCCUCUGGCGCGGUCCUCAGCAGCGUCCGUCCAGAAUGGCGUGACCAGUGAUCCAGGCUUCGGGGCGGGCGAGUGCGUGCGUGCGUGCGUUUCUGUUCUGAUUUUUAGGUUUUUCUAGGUUUGCUCCGGCGGGACUGCUGCGCUUCCUCCGCGCACUGCUUACGGCGAGCAAGCGUGCGCGUGCGGUUCGGCGUGCCAGGUUGCUGUGCUACGAUGUUGCGAUGUUACUGGGAGCUCAGCGAAUCAGAUGGAUGGCGGCACUAACCUUUCCCAUACCUUCCGACCCAUCUUGAAAUCUUCGAUAAGAGAAACACGAAACACAAAAGCGAAAUGAGAACAUAUAUGAGCGUAUUGUAUCGCGUCGAAAUCCGUUUUUGCCGGUAAGCCAGGAUCGACCAGUAAGACUUCGGAAGCGGUAGGCUCUAGCAAAUAUCUAGACAGACUGAUUUAGAGCUAGGAUGCAUCUAGGCUUGCAGUCGUUAGGGAUACUUUUACGAAAGAGAGCGAGAGAGAGGAAUAGAGAGAGAGAGAGAGAGAGAGAGAGAGAGAGAGAGAGAGAGAGAGAGAGAGAGAGAAGUUGGACUGCGUUAGUAUCUAUUAACAACCACCACGACCAGAUGCGACCAUGCGGCUUGCUGGGGUUGCGGGCAUAAAGAGGAAAGGGCUUCCCGGGCUGCGACGUCUCCGGCUGUAAGCGACGAACUUUUUUGUUUGUUUUUUGCCUUUGUAAAGCAAUGUACAGUAAACCAACAAGCAAAAACAAAAAAAAACAACCUGCCCCUCUCCGCACACCACCACCCCAUCCGCCUGGUAGAUGUUUUAUGUUUCAGUUCCAUCUCUUCCGUUUUAUAUUAUGCCUGAACAGUUUUUUGUUGUUCUUUUUUUUCUCUCUCUCUGUACUACUGAAACUCUCAUACUACCAUCCUAUAUAUAUGUACUCCUUUUUGCGUUUGAAAUGUACACUAUCUCUCUCUCUCGCUCUCGCUCUCUUUAGUUCAGCUUUCUAACGAAAAUAAAGGAUACGGAUACGUACGAACAGAGCACGCACUAUAAACAUGCACCCCAAAAUAACUCUAACAGACUUAAUUGUGCACACACACCACAAAAACCCCCACAGACACACAUACACAGCUAUAUAACUUAAACACACACACACAUAUCAUACGGAGAGAAAGUUCGGGCUGCUAUAUCUGCGCGCGUAGACAACGACCAGCUAUCGCAAAUCACUAACGCCGCGCACACAAUCCACGCGAAGGCAGGCAGCGCAAGGGGUCAGCUAAUACAGGACAAUAAUCGGGUGUGAAACCGGAUGGGGCCAGAAGACGCCCUUGCUAAAGAGAAUUCCUUUUUUCCGUAAAUUAUGCCGCGCUUGCUUCCGCUUUUGCAGUGCGGUCCGCCGGGUCGAUUUGUGUAGCCAAUCGAAUGCAAGCGCAGUAACGCUAGAAUUAAGCAUUUGACUGGGCAGAUGAUGCCCGCACAGUAAUGUGUCCCCCCCGUACUGGACGCAGGGAAGGUGCUGUAGUGAAAAAGAGAAGAAAAAAAAAACAAAAAUUGCCCGUGUGGCUUUGUGUGUACAGUAAAGGAAGAGGAGAGAAGAAAUUCAGAAAAUCAAAAAGAAAAACAAACCAAAUAUGUUAUGUACAGUUUAUAAGCUAAGAGAGAUGAUCAUAUAUAUAUACAGAUAUUUAUAUAUACAUAAGUAUAAUGCAGAACCUGGCAAGAGAGAAGGCUAAUCGGAAUGUGAAACAACAACAAAAAGUGUAAAUGUAUGUUUUUUUUUUGCUGGAACUAAACGAAAAACAAAACCAAAGAUGUUGUCAACGUUACCGUGCUGCGCGCUAGGCAGGUGGAGAGCAACACUGUAAUCGUAAUGCGAGGAAGCGAUAGGGAGCGAUAGAUCGGUAGCGGAAGCGAAGCAUGAAAACACGUAUGAAACAACCAAGCAAAAACCGAGUUAAUUAAACGUAAAAAGACACGAAUCUGUA